AUGCUGGCCCUCCCUCGUCGUCAGUCUCCCAGCGCCCGCCGUUUCGCCUGGUUCUCGCCUGGUUCUCGCGUCGAGCAAAGUGAGUCAAACGGGAACGAGUGGUCGAGUGGUGAGUGGGUGAGGAAGACGCGAGUCGUGAACCUGGACCGCACGAGCGCCGUCUCAUCUCAGCUGCUUGGUUAG